AUGUUCUGGACACAAGUAUGUGCACUGUCUAUAGACAAAAUUCACCUCCUAGACACCUGGGGAAAUGAAUUUUGUCAGGUCUUUCAACAAAUUGGAUAUGUGACCUCACAUUUUCUAUCACAGGUUGUUAUGAUUGACCUGACAGCAACACUGCCCACUGGCCCGCUAAUGCAGUGGGUCUGCAAUUUUCUAGGGCUCAAAGUAGUCUCAUUCCAUUUAGUACAUAGAUCAAAUAUAUAUGCCAAUUUGUGGACUGUGAUUCAAGAACGCACCCAAGGGAUAGGGAACCACUCAUUCCCAGAUCUGAUCUGGAUCCUUGACAGCUGCCGCAAAACAAUAAUCUUCUGUGAAACAAUUCACAUUAGUUUGUGUGUGCACAUAUACCUGUGGAAUAAUACAUUAAUGGCAGCCAAUUGUGACCGGAAAAUCAGUAUCCACAUGUAUAACUCACUUAACUCACCAUUGUCCAAUGCUGAGACCUGGUGUCUCUUUUGCGAGGACCCAAGGGCCUAA